GGUGUCGUUCCCUUUCGCUGAUGCAAGAGCCUAGUGCGGUGGUGGGAGAGGUAUCGGCUGGAUCUGCGCUGCCGCCGGGGCCUGAGACCGACUCGUGUGACUUCCCGUCCGUGCCGAGCCCACUCAAGUCGCAGCCAUGUCCGGGGACGAGAUGAUUUUUGACCCUACCAUGAGCAAGAAGAAAAAGAAGAAGAAGAAGCCUUUCAUGUUAGAUGAGGAGGGGGAUGCCCAGACAGAAGAAACUCAACCCUCAGAAACAAAGGAAGUGGAACCAGAGCCAACUGAGGACAAAGAUGUGGAAGCUGAUGAAGAGGACAGUAGGAAAAAAGAUGCUUCUGAUGAUUUAGAUGACUUGAACUUCUUUAAUCAAAAGAAAAAGAAGAAAAAAACAAAAAAGAUAUUUGAUAUUGAUGAAGCUGAAGAAGGUGUAAAGGAUCUUAAGAUUGACAGUGAUGUUCAAGAACCAGCAGAACCAGAGGAUGACCUUGACAUUAUGCUUGGCAAUAAAAAGAAGAAAAAGAAGAAUGUUAAGUUCCCAGAUGAGGAUGAAAUACUAGAGAAAGAUGAAGCUUUAGAAGAUGAAGACAGCAAAAAAGAUGAUGGUAUCUCAUUCAGUAACCAGACAGGUCCUGCUUGGGCCGGCUCAGAAAGAGACUACACUUAUGAAGAGCUACUGAAUCGAGUGUUUAACAUCAUGAGGGAAAAGAAUCCGGAUAUGGUUGCUGGAGAGAAAAGGAAAUUUGUCAUGAAACCUCCACAAGUUGUCCGAGUAGGAACUAAGAAAACUUCUUUUGUCAACUUUACAGAUAUCUGUAAACUAUUACAUCGUCAACCCAAACAUCUUCUUGCGUUUUUAUUGGCUGAAUUGGGUACAAGUGGUUCUAUAGAUGGUAAUAACCAACUAGUAAUCAAAGGAAGAUUCCAACAGAAACAGAUAGAAAAUGUCUUAAGAAGAUAUAUCAAGGAAUAUGUCACUUGUCACACAUGCCGAUCACCGGACACAAUCCUGCAGAAGGAUACUCGACUCUAUUUCUUACAGUGCGAAACUUGUCAUUCUCGAUGCUCUGUUGCCAGUAUCAAAACUGGCUUCCAGGCUGUCACAGGCAAGCGAGCACAGCUCCGUGCCAAAGCUAACUAAUUUGCUAAUCACCACUGAUUUUGCAGUGUCUUGUGGAGAUUUGGCUGGACAGGUUUACCAUCAGAAUGGAUAUACUAUUGUGUUAAAAACAAGAUAGAAAAGCUCCCAAGUACUUUGGCGAGUGGUUGGUUGGUCGAAAUCCUCGCAAGAUGCCGAUGCUCAAGCUGUUGACAUACUCAUUGCGUACUUUAACAACUGUCAGAGAAACAGUGAUAUGGGGUAAGGAGAUGCUUUUUUAAAAUCGUUCAUAGACUUGUGUAAAAUGCAAGGUAAAUUAAAGUUAUUAUAACAGUGAUUCUUUCAA